UGUCCCUCGGACACAGCAGAUCACCGAUCAACAAAGAGCCGAAGAUAGGGGACAUGUACACUGAUCAUCAGGGCACUGAUGAUCAGUGUGCCCUGAUGAUCAGUAUAGCCCCAGCAGUGCCACCUGUCAGUGCUCAUCAAUGCCACCUGCCAGUGCCCAUCAGUGCCACAUCAAUGCCACAUAUCAGUGCCACUGAUCAGUGCACGUCAGUGCUGCCUAUCAGUGCCGCCAGUCAGUGCCACCUAACAGUGCCAGUCAGUGCCGCCUAUCAGUGCCAUAUAUGAGUGCCCAUCAGUGAUGCCUGUCAAUGCCCAUCAGUGCCACCUACCAUUUCCUCCUCAUCAGUG